CUCUCUCUACUGCAAAGUUUCAGAAACUCUGCCAGAGAGAAAAAAAGAUGAUGGGUUUUUAACUUUAUCCUCCAAAUAAUUCUUCUUCAUCACUCUCUCUCUCUCUCUUCCUCGCUUCGUGAACCGUCCCUACAGUUGUACAUUUUCUCUCUACACAUUUAUGUGUUUCUCUCUCUUUCCAUCUCUAUCUCAGCCUCUGAGGCUUCUGUCUUCUGGGCACUCAAGAAACACUGUUUAUAUCGCCAGAGAGAUGUGAUGGAACGAUAAAAAUCCCUGAAAAUUGAGACUUUUCGGGUGAAAGUAAAAAUGCAAAAGAAGAGAAAAUAAUGGAUGGUCUCUGUCUGAACCAUAGAAUUCAAUGUCGGUAUUACAUACCCUUCUCUUAAGUAAAACCUCCUUUUCUUCCUCCUCCUCCUCCUCCUCCUCGGUUGCUUCUUCUUCAUGAGGAUUUAGCUCCGUAUUGGCUGGCAAAACGCUGUCGUUUUGUUUGCGGUGUUUCUGGGGAAUGGUUGUGCUUGGGAAGGCCUCGUCUAUGGCGCUCUGUGGAGAAGUUGUUCUUCUGGGUUUUCUCGUCUGUUUGAGCUUUGGGACCGUCAGUUCAGACGACGGAGCAACGUUGUUGGAGAUCAAGAAGUCAUUCAAAGAUGUGAACAAUGUUCUGUAUGAUUGGACAGAUUCAUCUUCUUCAGACUGUUGUGUUUGGAGAGGUGUGACUUGUGACAAUGUCACCUUCAAUGUGGUUGCCCUUAAUUUGUCAGGUUUGAGCCUUGAUGGAGAAAUUUCUCCCGCCAUUGGAGAUCUCAAGAGCUUGGUUUCCAUUGAUCUUCGAGGAAAUCGCUUGUCAGGUCAAAUCCCUGAUGAGAUUGGUGACUGUUCUUCUCUGCAGAUGUUGGACUUGUCGUUUAACGAAUUAAGCGGAGACAUUCCGUUUUCUAUAUCGAAGUUGAAACAGCUGGAGGCACUAUAUUUGAAGAACAACCAAUUGAUAGGACCGAUCCCUUCUACAUUGUCUCAGAUCCCUAACUUGAAGAAUUUGGACCUUGCGCAGAAUAAACUCAGUGGUGAGAUACCCAGACUCAUAUACUGGAAUGAAGUUCUGCAGUUUCUUGGCUUGCGGGGAAAUAACUUGGUUGGCAGUCUCUCUCCGGAUAUGUGUCAACUGACUGGUUUAUGGUUCUUUGAUGUGAAAAACAACAGCUUGACCGGCAGUAUACCUGAUAAUAUUGGCAAUUGCACUUCCUUUCAGGUCUUGGACUUGUCCUAUAACCAGCUAACUGGUGAGAUCCCUUUCAAUAUCGGAUUCCUGCAAGUAGCCACAUUAUCAUUGCAAGGCAAUCAGCUCUCUGGGAAGAUUCCUUAUGUGUUUGGCCUCAUGCAAGCUCUUGCUGUGCUAGAUUUAAGCAGCAACUUGUUGAGUGGACCUAUCCCUCCAAUUCUUGGAAAUCUAACUUACACCGAGAAACUAUACUUGCACAGCAACAAGCUGACAGGUUCAAUUCCACCCGAGCUUGGGAACAUGACGAAGCUUCAUUACCUGGAGCUGAAUGAUAAUCAUCUUUCCGGACGUAUUCCUCCAGAGCUCGGGCAGCUGACAGAUUUGUUCGAUCUGAAUCUAGCCAAUAAUGAUUUAGAAGGACCUAUACCCGACAAUCUUAGCUCAUGCACCAAUCUAAUCAGCUUAAACGUUCACGGGAACAAGUUGAAUGGAACUAUUCCCCGAGGAUUUCAGAAACUGGAGAGCAUGACUUACCUGAAUCUAUCUAACAACAAUAUCAGAGGACCAAUACCGGUUGAUUUAUCUCAUAUCGGCAACUUGGACAAAUUGGAUUUAUCCAACAACAAGAUAAGCGGCAUCAUACCCUCUUCCCUCGGUGAUUUGGAGCAUCUUCUAAAGAUGAACUUGAGCAGAAACCAUAUAACAGGUGUUGUUCCCCCCGAGUUUGGGAAUCUAAGAAGUAUUAUGGAGAUAGAUCUCUCGAAUAAUGAUCUCUCGGGUACGAUUCCUGAAGAACUGAGCCAACUGCAGAACAUGUUCUUGCUGAGACUCGAACAUAAUAAUUUGACGGGUAAUAUCGAUCCGUUAAUCAAUUGCCUCAGUUUAACUGUUCUGGAUGUAUCUUACAACCACCUAGUUGGCAAUAUUCCGAAGAGCAAUAACUUCUCGAGAUUUUCUCCCGACAGCUUCAUAGGCAACCCGGGCCUUUGCGGUAACUGGUUAAACUCGCCUUGCCGUGUGUCUCGGCCGACAGUUCGAGUUCCGAUCUCGAAAGCAGCGAUUCUCGGGAUUGCUGUUGCGGUACUCGUGAUCCUUCUCAUGGUUCUUGUGGUGACUUGUCGACCACAAAAUCCUCCUCCUUUCCUCGAGGGAUCGUUCAGCAAACCAGUUACUUACUCGAACCCAAAGCUGGUGAUCCUUAACAUGAAUCUGGCGCUUCAUGUUUACGAGGACAUUAUGAGAAUGACGGAAAAUCUCAGCGAGAAAUAUAUUAUCGGGUAUGGAGCCUCGAGCACAGUUUACAAGUGUGUUCUGAAGAACUGCAAACCGGUUGCCAUCAAAAGACUUUACUCUCACUACCCACAAUCGCUGAAAGAGUUUGAGACAGAGCUCGGUACCCUCGGAAGCAUCAAGCACAGGAAUCUUGUGAGCUUACAAGGCUUUUCGCUUUCUCCCUCAGGCAAUCUUCUCUUUUAUGACUACAUGGAGAAUGGCAGCCUAUGGGAUCUCCUUCACGGAUCGACGAAGAAGAAGAGGCUUGACUGGGAAACCCGGCUGAAGAUAGCUUAUGGUGCAGCGCAAGGGCUGGCGUAUCUGCACCACGAUUGUAGUCCUCGGAUUAUCCAUAGGGACGUGAAGUCAUCCAACAUUCUUCUCGACAAAGAUUUCGAGGCUCAUUUGACAGAUUUUGGGAUUGCGAAAAGCCUAUGCAUUUCCAAGUCACACACCUCGACUUACAUAAUGGGAACGAUCGGGUAUAUUGACCCAGAGUAUGCUCGAACUUCUCGUCUCACCGAGAAGUCUGACGUAUACAGCUAUGGCAUUGUGCUGCUCGAGCUGUUAACCGGAAGGAAAGCCGUCGAAAACGAGUCUAAUCUCCAUCAUCUGAUAAUGUCGAAGACGGGGAACAAUGCGGUGAUGGAAAUGGCGGAUCCCGAGAUCACGACGACAUGCAAGGACCUCGGGGAGGUGAAGAAAGUGUUCCAGCUCGCUCUUCUUUGCACGAAAAGGCAACCGGGAGAGCGGCCAACCAUGCACCAGGUGACUCGGGUCCUCGGGAGCCUUGCGCCCACCUCGGUCCCAGUCGCCGUGGCCUCGACCACGCAACCUGGUUCAUGCUACGUCGAUGAGUAUGCUAACCUCAAGGCUCCUCACUCUCUCAACUGCCCUUCCAUGAGUGCUUCUGAUGCCCAGCUCUUCUUGAGGUUUGGUGAAGUGAUCUCUCAAAACAGCGAGUGAAAGCGUUUGUUUGGGGAGGGUAGAAACGAUGUCGUUUUUUGUUAGGUAGGGAUAUUUGUGUAAUUUCAUGUUAUGCUGGUUGGUUGUUUAGAAAUUUGUGGAUAUGUGUAUGUAUUUAUUAAAUUAGUAUUUUCAGUAGUUUGUUGUGUCGAGUAAAUUCCUCUGAAAUUAGAAACAUAAAGGGAUCAGUAUUUCUUA